CACCAUGCGCCUCUGUGGCACAAUUUGAUGACAGACCGACCUGCUGCAAAGUAGGUUAGGGUUGUAAGUUGGUGUUGUACAUAAUAAACCACUUUCAUGUAAUUAUACCGUACUGUAGGGUAGUAGUUGUAGCUUUUCUAGCUUUAUCUAUCUGUUGACCGUGCUACAGAACAAACUAGCUCUGUUUGCUAGCCGUAAUCAUGGCUUACACGCAAAUUCUGAAAGUCCUGCACCGAAGUCUACAACACACAGCGACACAGCUCUCCGUGCACAAAUGCAAACUGGCGCAGAUCAACGGGGUCAUCCACCCGAACAGGACGGUGUCUACAGUGUCGAGACUGGCUUUCCACAGAGGACCAGAGGCUCCUUUAUCUGUAGUGAGCUGCUUCAUCCAAGCACACAGACGGAGUUUCUCUCUGGACUUCACAGCCAGAAAUAAAAGCAGCCCCGAGGACAGAGACAAGUCGGUCUCCACGUAUCAGAGUGGAAGCCCAAAGCCUUCAGCUACACAAAAAGUCAAAGAGGCUGGCAGAGACUUCACCUACUUGAUAGUUGUACUCAUCGGACUUGGCGUGACAGGUGGGCUUUUAUAUGUGGUGUUCCAGGAGCUGUUUUCUUCCACAAGUCCAAAUAAAGUCUACGGAAAAGCCUUCGACAAAGUCAAGUCGCACCCCGAGGUGAUUGGUGCAUUUGGGGAACCAAUCAAGUGUUAUGGUGAAACCACUCGUCGAGGGAGGAGGCAGCAAGUCAGUCACCUGGAGUACCUGAAGGAUGGACUGAAGCACAUGAGACUCAAGUUUUACAUCGAAGGGUCAGAGCCAGGCCUGAAAGGAACUGUGCACUCAGAAUCUAAAGAGAAUCCUGAAACUGGGAAAUAUGAGUUUCGUUAUAUAUUUGUGGAAAUAGACACCUACCCAAGACGGAACAUCAUUGUGGAAGAUAACAGAUAAGAUAAUGGCUGAUCUCAAGUGUCAAUUCACUGUCUCAGUAUUAUGAAAAUGUGAUAAAUGUGUGUCUAAAAGGAAGGUGUGUGUGUUAAUAGAAAAAAAUGAAGAUUUUGAUUUAAUUUAAUAUUAAAGGUUGUUUUGUUAAACAUCAGUAAUUAUGGUUGGUUUAAACUUUGUCACAAUAAUGUCCUGGUCAGCAAUUGGUGGAGAGCCUUGCAAAGAAAAGUGUCAUUCUGAAAUAUAAAAGGAUCAUUUAACUCUGAUGUGCUAUUGAUUUAUAAAUGGUACAUGUGCUUUAAAUAGGUAUUGUUUGUCUUUUGACCAAAAAAAAUACAGUGAUCAGAAUUUUGAAAGUAUUUGAUGCUUUUAAAUUGUAAUAAAAUGUUGUUUUUUUCUGUCACAUGCACAGAACAGAAAUGCAAGAAAAACAGCGCUGGUGUUUUCUUUGACUUCUGAUAAUAUUUUGUUGAAACGGGAUGCCAACUAUGAUUGAAUUCACUGAACUGGAUUUAUGAUUUAAAUUGGACAAGCAUUUUUGUCAGAAGACUGUCGUUUUAGAAGUUUGUAUUAUGAAACAGUGACCACUAGAUGGAGGUAACGAAUUAAAAUAGGAAGAACUUGA